AUGAAAUUUGCGCAUGAGUUUCAGGCCGCCUUGAUACGUGAGGGUUUCCCGCCACACUGGGUAAACUCGGCUGUGCCUUACGGUCAGUUGAAGAAGAUUAUAAAGAAAGUCACAAUAGAAUUGCGAGACCUAGGUUUGGAUUCUUCCACACUAUCACAGCUUGUUUCGGAGGCCGACCCUAAUUCGCCAUCUGAAAUUGGAGAGAAUGGCGUAGCAUUUCAAUAUGAUUUUGAUGGUGAUAAAACCUUGUUCCAGCCCAAGCUUACCCUCCUUCUUCGAGAUGGCCUUGCCGUGGAUGCCACAUUAUCUCCUGAUACGCGAGAGUUCCUUCAGAAAUUGGUAUCUCAGCAGCGGCCUGAGCACUUAAACUCUGCCAAUGAGGAACGGCUCAUCCCAGUGAUGACGAAUGAAAGCUUGGCAAUAUCAUCGCUAGAUGGUAGCUCCAGAGACAGCGGACAAUUGGUUCAACGUGUCGAAAUCCCCUUGACCUUUGAUGCCGAGUUUUUCACAAGACUCCAAGCUGAAGUUGCCACACUGGACACGCUUCAAGCUGGAGAGCAAACUGCGUUGACAGAACAGAUUGUUUCGCUCUCGAAGGACAUUACUUCCUUGACGAAGCCGUCCAGAUUCAAUAAGACAGACUUGUACAGAUGGCGAGAACUGUUUGAAAUCUAUCUUCAAGCCAUGGUGUUCUUCUCGACGCAUGAAAAAGACCGCGGGACUAGAGACAGCUCCACGGCUGCUAAACAACUUCAAUGGUUUCAAGCGGAAGUUGUGAAGAGGAAUAUUGUUGAGUCAUUCAAGCUUCCAGCGAGUAGGCAAGCUCUUGACAAAUUCAUCAAAAUAAACGUUACUCUAUUACGAAGCAUCAAAUUUCAAGAGAUCAACCAGACAGCGAUUAGUAAAAUUCUUAAAAAAUUCGACAAGAGAACUCAACUUGGCGCGAAGAGGAAAUUCCCCAAAUUGAUCCAGUCGAGUUCAGCAAUGUCGCAGACCAUCGCAAAAGCUGUCUGCUCACAGCUUACGGAGGACCUAGUCAGGAAAGUACCGCAAUUGGACGAUAACUUGUGUCCGAUUUGCUUUACGAUUGCCUGGAGACCGGUACGGAUGAAGUGCGAGCAUGUUUUGUGCAUUAGUUGUGCAGUGACCUUGCAGAGGAAAAGGGAAAGAAAGUGUCCACUUUGUCGAGAUGAUGUUAUUAUGAAAGCAGAUGCAGAUAAUAUUGAUCCCGAGUUGGAGAGGUACCUUGAGAAAUACUUUCCCAAGGAAGCGAGAGAGAAGCGUAUCGCGGUCGAGACUGAACGAGGCAAGGAGCUGUUUGGUCACGCUUAUAAACAUCCGUCGGAGCAGAAGUGCUCAUUAAUGUGA